GGGGGAAAAAUAUGAGAUAAUUGAAAAAUAUUUUUUCUGGCUUGUGUAGAUUUUCCUCUAUCCCCGGACAAGUGAAACCAUGCCGGCAAUUUUAAACCCUUCCCUCUUUAUCCUCCACCACCACCCACCGUUGUCGACGGCGGUACUCUCACUCCGCCACCACCUUAAUAUCUCUUUAUUCUCAACUUCACGCACUACUCUCAGAGUUUUAUCUACUUCUUCCUCUUCAGUAUCCAUUGAAUCAUCGGCGAACCACAAUGUCCGAACCGGACGGUCCGGGUCGUCGACUUCGCCUCCAAUCGAACACGAUACUGUUCAGAAAAUCGACGUCAAUCCUCCUAAAGGUACCCGAGAUUUCCCUCCUGAAGACAUGCGCCUCCGCAAUUGGCUCUUCCAUAACUUUAGAGAGGUAUCGCAGCAAUUCGGGUUUGAAGAGGUUGAUUUCCCUGUGCUAGAGUCAGAGGCUCUUUAUAUUAGGAAGGCUGGGGAGGAAAUUAGAGACCAGCUUUACUGUUUUGAAGACCGUGGAAACCGUCGAGUUGCAUUGAGGCCUGAGCUGACUCCUUCGUUGGCAAGACUUGUGAUACAGAAAGGAAAAUCUGUAUCUCUUCCAUUGAAAUGGUUUGCUAUUGGACAGUGCUGGCGUUAUGAGAGAAUGACCAGGGGAAGACGUCGUGAACAUUACCAAUGGAAUAUGGAUGUAAUUGGUGUACCAGAUGUAACGGGUGAAGCAGAGCUGAUAUCUGCAAUUAUUACCUUCUUCAAGCGCAUAGGCCUCACAGCAUCAGAUGUUGGGUUUAAGGUCUCUAGUAGAAAGGUGUUGCAAGAAGUAUUGAGGUGCUAUUCCGUCCCAGAAAGUAUGUUUGGUAGAGUUUGCAUCAUUAUAGACAAGAUUGGAAAGAUUCCAAUGGAUGAUAUCAGGAAAGAUCUGCUGUCUGCUGAUAUGUCAGAGGUAGCUAUUGAAGAGCUAUUGCAAGUCCUAUCACUGAAGUCUUUGGCAAAGUUAGAAGAGAAACUUGGGGCCUCAGGAGAAGCACUAUCUGAUUUGAAGCAACUAUUUUCACUUGCUGAGAAGUAUGGCUAUUCAGAGUGGCUUCAGUUUGAUGCAUCAAUUGUCCGUGGUUUGGCUUAUUACACUGGGAUUGUCUUUGAGGGAUUUGAUCGUGAAGGAAAGCUCCGGGCAAUCUGUGGUGGUGGACGAUAUGAUCGGCUAUUGUCUACCUUUGGAAGCGAUGAUCUUCCAGCUUGUGGAUUUGGAUUUGGUGAUGCUGUGAUAGUAGAACUGCUCAAGGAGAGGGGACUUCUACCAGAACUUAACCUUCAAGUAGAGAACAUUGUCUGCUCAUUGGAUGAGGAACUUCAAGGUGCGGCAUCUGUAGUUGCCACCAUUCUCCGGGAAAAAGGGCAAAGCGUUGAUUUGGUUUUGGAGAACAAGCCACUUAAGUGGGUGUUCAAGCGAGCAGCACGGAUAAAUGCACACAGAUUGAUUUUGGUCGGGAAGGCUGAAUGGGAAAAAGGCAUGGUCAAUGUUAAGACUCUUUCAACAGGUGAGCAAUUGGAGAUAAAACUCGAUGAACUGGAGUAACGGGGUCUUGGUGUAUGAAAUAGCUUUUUUGCCUUUUUUUUAUUUUAUAAUGAUGCUAAGUUGCUUCUUUAGCUGGGUUUUCUUUAGUGAUGGUGAAGCAAUGAGGUAUUAAAUUUUGUUGUUAUUUUUCUUAUCUUGUUGAAAGAAAACCCAUUUAUCCAAUUUCAGGCUUGAAAUUUUCGUUGCCUGUGUAAUAGCAAUUAAAAUAACUAGGUCUCAAUAUAAAACUAACUGAAUUCGACAUAUAAAUCCAGUGUGUUCUUUUGACUCUGCUUA